AUGGACGAUUCGACCCCGACGACGCCCGCCCAGCAAAAACGACCUCGCGUGGCCGAAGAAAACCGCAAGCGAGCUGUCCGAGCGUGCGAUGGCUGUCGCCGGGUGAAAGAGAAAUGCGAAGGUGGUGUGCCAUGUCGGAGAUGUCUGCGAUACCGCCGCCAGUGCAAUUUUACUCACAUCGACCCCGCGGAGAAGAGUCGGUCAACAUCUGGCUCGCUGUUGGAUCGAGCCGCCGCACUGAGUCGAAAUGACAUCGCUGAGGCAGAACGGGUGCGGUUGAUGGAACGUCUUCUGUCGCAUUAUGUGCCCAAUAUCACUUUCGAUAUCCAGUCUUUACGCCAGGCUGCGGAGGAGCUGAAAAGUAAACACCGCGAUUCUGAGUCGGCGAUUUCUACCAGAGACGACCCCAAUGACAUGGAGGAUCUUGCGAUUGAUGACGAGGAUUUUACAAUCAAAGCUAUGCCCGAUAAUACCACUCAAUAUUCCGGGGAGUUUUCAUAUCUUAAUUUCACAAUGAAGAUUCGGAAGAAGAUCGACGAGUGGAUGAAGACAGCUGCACCUGAGGCAACCUCCGAAGUUGAACCUUUUGAAGAACGAUGGCGAAGUACACAACUCCAGUCCGCGUCGCCCCAAGUGUCUUCGUCAAUUACAUGUCUUCCACCGCGAUAUGUAGCCGAUUUCCUCGUGCAGAUCUUUUUUAAGUAUGCGCAAACCAACAAUUUUUACAUUGAGGAAGACUGGUUGCUUGAGAAAUUGGAUGUCUGCUACACCGACCCUGAGAGUUUGUCAUUUGACGAUGCAGGCGCGGUCUGCUGCAUUCUCAUGGUUUUGGCUGUGGGGACUCAAUUCGCACAUAUGGAGUCAUCGACGCCGGUGAAUUGUCUGCCUUCAGGCUCUACAGCAAAUCAGGACCACCAUUUUUCGGAAGAUGAGGUUGGCCUUACAUUCUAUCAAUUUGCCUCGAGGCUAUUACCAGACAUCAUCGCCACUGCCUCUGUUAGAAGUGUGCAGGCCUGUCUACUAAUCGGAACCUACUUGCUUCCAUUGGAUACUUCCGGUUUAUGCUACACAUACUUCGGCCUGGCACUGAAACUGGCCAUUCAGAAUGGAAUGCACCGGAGAUAUCACGGCGAAGGCCUGUCUGCGCGCAUGAUUGAAGUGCGGAAUCGGGUCUUCUGGACAGCUUUUACCAUCGAAAAACGUAUAAGCAUCCUUCAUGGCCGACCAUCAUCUCUGUCAGACCCUGAUGUUGAUGCUCCUCUGCCUGUCGAUUUCCCUGGGCUCAUGCCCGCCAAUCAAGUUUCAAAUCACACGAACAUGGUAACGCUGAUUACUCUGACCUUGAAACUCGGUGAGGUUUCCAAUGCAAUCACGUCCUUGCGGAAAUAUCGCAAAGACCAACAGCAAGACUGUCUUGAACGGUUGCUCAACUUGCGCAAGCAUCUCGUGGAUUGGUGGUCAACCCUACCAGAGGAGAUCACAUGUCGUGAUUUGAGCCCCGGAGGACCGCUUUUCAGGUCCAACGUCCAUCUCAAGCUAGACUACUGUCUGACCCGGAUUUUCAUCGGACGCCCUUUCCUUUUUAGUAAUAUCAAGGGCAUUUAUCAAACUUCCUCUCAAGCUGCACCAUACAAGGGAGCUUCCGGAUUGUCGAAGAGCCGUGCGACACUUGUUACAGAUUGCGUGGAGGCGGCUUUGGAAAUUAUCAAUCUAUGCCGCUUAUUACGCGAUGAAACCGGUCUUGCGCGAGCCUCAUUCACCGAGUUUAGUUCAUGUCGUGCAGCCUUAUUGGUCAUCCUGGCCCAAGGGUUAAGCAAACGAACCGAAAGGCUCGGUGCUGCCCUCGAGCAGGGUAUCUCCCUGAUAAAAAUCAUGUCUAUGGGUGUUGGCUCAGCCCGCUCAGCUGUUAGUGUCAUUGAAGCACUCGAGCGUGCCAUUCGCCGCCUCGAAGCAUGGAGCGAGACACAGCCAGAUAUGAGCAACGGAGGUGCCGCUGAAUCCGCCUACGACAGAUUUAAAAACUGGGAAAUGCUUUGGAAGGCAGGCCCCAUUUCGCCGUCUGUCGCAUGGCAACAAUCGGAAAACUAUGCAUCUAGUGAACAGAAUAUUCCUCACAGCGUGCCCUCCCACACGCCUGGCGGAACAGGCUCUGCUACUCUUCUUCAGGGCAUGUCCCUGACGCCUCCUCCCGCAGCAAUGAUAGGGGCUAUACCAACUCCUGGCGGAUCUGCCCAGGGCGUCCCAGAAGGCGAUGUCCCUGGCGGACUCCCUGACGCCUUCAACAUCCCUCAGCAAUCGCUCUCACACAUACCACACUUCGGGUUCGACCACUUUGUCUCUAAUUUCCCGCAAGAGUUAGGCGAGUUCACUGCCAUCCCUUGCUUUGAACCAGAUGCUCAGACUCAAGCGAAUGCGUUGGGUCCGGACAUGAAGGGGCCAGGGGGUGCAACUGACCCUCAAUGGCUUCAGUUCAUGAGGAACGGGUGA